CUUUCACAUCACACUUACAUCUUUAUAUUAUUUCUUCACUAACCAAUGAGUCCUACAACCUUUUUGUUACAUUUGCUCUUCAUUUGUUCCAUUUUUCAUGUUACUUUUGCAACGAGACGACUAACUGAGUUAGUUCGCGACUCGUCUAAUUUACUGAAAUACCAUAACGGUCCACUUCUAGCCGGAAAUAUCUCGGUCAACCUCAUUUGGUAUGGUAACUUUAAACCGUCCCAAAAAGCCAUAAUCUCCGAUUUUAUUACCUCUCUCAAUGCUAAAUCCCAAAGCCAACACUCCGUCAGCACGUGGUGGAAAACAACCGAAAAGUACCACAACAAAUUAAACAAACCAAAGUCAAUAUCUAUCCGACUAGGAAAACAAAUAUCCGACCCGAAAUACUCCUUAGGAAAAUCAUUAACAGAAAAUCACCUUGUUAAACUCGCUUCAAAUGUUGCAUCACCAAUUACCGUUAAUAUUGUUUUAACCGCAAAUGAUGUGAUAGUCAGAGGAUUUUGCUCUGGCAGAUGUGGGGCCCAUGGUUCGGGGUUGCUAAAUCCCAAAACUACCCAUGGUAAAGGAAAUAAAUACAAAUUUGCUUAUAUUUGGGUUGGUAACUCAGAGACACGGUGUCCAGGUCAAUGUGCGUGGCCAUUUCACCAGCCUAUUUACGGGCCACAAGGUGCGCCACUAGUUGCACCAAACAAUGAUGUUGGUGUAGACGGGAUGGUGAUAAACUUGGCUAGUUUGUUGGCCGGUACGGUUACAAAUCCAUUUGGGAAUGGGUAUUAUCAAGGGGACGCAAAUGCACCUUUAGAGGCUGCAUCUGCGUGUCCAGGGGUGUAUGGAAAAGGGGCGUAUCCGGGUUACCCAGGGGAUUUGUUGGUGGACUCUACUACAGGGGCGAGUUAUAAUGCAGUCGGUGUAAAUAAAAGGAAGUACUUGGUUCCGGCUUUGUAUGAUCCAUUUACUUCAACGUGUUCUACUUUGGUCUAACAAUGACUUAAAAAUAUGUUGUACAAAAUAACAUAUAAAAGAAUGUAGUCCUUUUGGUAGCAGAUGUAAAUCAUGUAACUUUUUAUUCCUUCAUUCUAUGUUUUAAAGUGUUUGAAUAACAUAUAUGUAUUUUUUUAUAUUUCUUUAGCA